UCUACUGCAAGGCUGCAACGGCUCCCUGACAGAUCACGCGCCCUGUCCUGCGCGCGCCUCCCUGACGGCUCACCGUCCUCCUCUGCCUUCGCCGCCGCCGCCGCCGCCGCCGCUUCUUCUACCUAGCCGACGUCCGGCUUCCACCUCCGCAGCUCCUCCUCUUCCAUAAAGCGCAUGUCCAGCAUCCGCCUCCGCCUCCGCAUCCGCAUCCGCCGUCACCACUCCUCCACCACGCCCAUGUCCCUCGUCUCCCUGCGCGGCCGCCUCUCCUCCUCCACCUCCACCUCGCCACCCUCAUCCUCCUGGUCCCCCCACGCCGCCUUUGCCGCGGCCACGGAGCGUGUCCGCGCCGGAACGCUCAGCCCUCAAGACGCACACCGCCUGUUCGACGAAUUGCUUCACCAGGUCACCCCGGUCCCCGAGCGCUCCCUUGCUGGAUUCCUCGCCGCCCUCGGCCGUGCUGCGCCCUCCGAGGCCUGCAGAGACGGCCCCGCCCUCGUCCUCUCCCUCUUCAACCGUGUUUGCCGAGAAGAAGCCGGGAUGCGGGUGGCGCCGCCCACCAUCUUCACCUACGGCGUCGUCAUGAACUGCUGCUGCCGCGCGCGUCGCCCGGAACUUGGGCUCGCCUUCUUCGGCCGCCUCCUAAGGACCGGCCUCAAAACAAAUGAGGUCGUUGCCAACACCGUCCUCAAGUGCCUCUGCUGCGCAAAACUUACAGACGAGGCUGUCAAUAUGCUGCUUCAUAGGAUGUCCGGCCCCGGCUGUGUGCCUGAUGCCUUCUCAUACAACACAGUUCUAAAGAGCUUGUGUGAAGAUAGCAGGAGUCAGCGAGCGCUCGACCUGCUCCUGGUGAUGGCGAAAGAAGGAGGUGUCUGCUCUCCCAACGUGGUCACAUAUAGCACAGUCAUCCAUGGCUUCUUUAAGGAAGGCAAAAUAGGCAAGGCCUGCAAGCUGUUCCAUGAAAUGAAGCAGCGAGGGGUUGUGCCUGAUGUGGUUACACAUAACUCGAUUAUCAAUGCAUUGUGCAAGGCCCGGGCAAUGGACAAGGCACGAUUUUUUCUUCGGCAGAUGGUUGAUAGUGGCGUUCCACCGAAUAAGGUGACAUAUGCUAGCAUGGUCCAUGGAUAUUCCACUUUGGGCCGGUGGAAAGAGGCAACUAAAAUGUUAAGAGAAAUGACAAGCCGGGGUCUUCCACCAAAUAUUGUCACUUGGAACUCGUUCAUGGACUCCCUCUGCAAGCAUGGAAGAAGCAAAGAAGCUGCAGAAAUUUUCUUUUCCAUGGCUGCAAGGGGCCACAAGCCUGAUACCGUCUCCUACGCUAUUCUUCUUCAUGGGUAUGCCAAUGAAGGAAACUUUGGUGAUAUGAUGAGUCUCUUUAAUUCAAUGGAAGGAAAUGGUAUUGUAGCCACCUCUUAUGUUUUCAACAUAUUAAUUGAUGCAUAUGCUAAACGAGGAAUGAUGGAUGAAGCUAUGCUCAUACUUACUGAAAUGCUGGGACAAGGACUCAAUCCGAAUGUAGUCACCUAUUCAUCUCUAAUAUCCGCACUUUGCAGAAUGGGUAAGCUGACUGAUGCUAUGGAUAAGUUCAGUCAGAUGAUUGGUACGGGAGUACAACCGAACAAAGUUGUUUAUCAGUCCCUAAUUCAGGGUUUCUGUACACAUGGCGAUCUGGGGAAAGCAAAGGAGUUGGUAUAUGAAAUGAUGAAAAAAGGUAUUCCUUGUCCAAACAUAGCAUUCUUCGGUUCAAUAGUAGACAGUCUAUGCAAAGAAGGAAGGGUUAUGGAUGCACACCAUAUCUUUGACUUGGUUAAAGACAUAGGUGAGAGACCUGACAACAUUAUAUUUAGUAUGCUGAUUGACGGAUAUUGCUUAGUAGGUGACAUGGGCAAAGCAUUCAGGGUACUUGAUGCCAUGGUAUCAGCUGGCAUUGAGCCUGAUGUCGUUGCGUACAGUACACUUGUCAAUGGCUAUUGUAGGAGUGGAAGGAUCGAUGAUGGGUUGAAUCUGUUCAGAGAAAUGUCAGAUAAGAAAAUUAAACCGACAACUGUUACAUAUAACAUCAUGCUGGAGGGAUUAUUUCGUGCUAGGCGAACAGUUGCUGCAAAGAAAAUGCUCCAUGAGAUGAUCGGAAGUGGAACAAUUGUGAGCAUUUCUACAUGUAAUAUAAUUCUUCGAGGACUUAGUAGAAAUAAUUGCGCAGAUGAAGCGAUCGUCCUAUUCCAGAAAUUACAUGCAAUGAAUGUGAAGUUCAAUAUCACAACACUCAAUACCAUGAUUAAUGUAUUGUACAAGGUUCAAAGAAGAGAAGAAGCUAAUGAUUUGUUUGCUGCAUUACCAGCCAGCGGGUUGGUGCCUAAUGCUUCCACUUACGGAGUAAUGUUGCGCAAUCUUCUAAAAGAAGGAGCAGUGGAGGAAGCUGACAGUAUGUUCUCAUCAAUGGAGAAGAGUGGUUGUGCUCCUAGCUCUCGUCUUAUAAAUGAUGUCAUUAGAAUUUUACUGGAAAAGGGAGAGAUAGUCAAGGCCGGAAAAUAUAUGUCUAAAGUUGAUGGGAAGAGCAUCUCACUUGAAGCUUCAACUUGUUCAUUGUUGUUGUCUCUCUUUUCGGGGAAUGGGAAAUAUCAGGAACAAAUACAAUUGCUCCCUGCAAAGUACCAAUUUUUUGAUGGAAUCAGUUGAUGCACUGGGCUUGGCAGAUAAGCCUUGUCAUGGUUCUGAGUUCCCUCUCAACGAUGUGUACAGGUGUCUCUUACAUGCGCUCACCAAGAUUGAACUGGGUGAUGGUGCGACCAUGGUGUUCUGGGCCGGUGCUUAGCUGCUAGGUGUGCAUCCUAUGGGCAUGGUUCCUAAUUAGCAAGCCAUCUCUACGCAAGGGCAGUCUGGUGAGUGAUGCGUUUGCUAAUGGUGAGAGAAGAUUACUCUCAUCGUAAAGAAAUAUAAGAGUGUUUAGAUCAAGAGCGUGUAGAUCACUAAAGUAGUAAUCUAAACGCUCUUAUAUUUCUUUAGAGGGAGUUAUUUUUAUGUGCAUAUGAUGGCGGAUCUUGCUACUGUAUCAGGCUAUUUUGAGUUCUCUGAAUCUGAGCAUAUCUAGUGCAUGUUGGGCUGAGGGCAAUAUAAUGAAAUUGAUGGACCAUUCUACGCAUCAA